AUGAAGAGAAACAUGUUCAUAGUCUUAAAUAUAUCUAAUCUCCUAGCGAGCUUCCUUUUUACGGAUUCUCCUAUCCUUGACGACUACAGCCUGAUUAUGGAUUCUGCUCCUGCUACUCAUGACGACACUGGUGAUAAAUUGGAUUUAGUAUUAGACGCUUUGGCUUACGAACCCGGCAUUCAGUCUGGACUUAGUAUCGACAAUGUUGAUUUGGUAUUUACUCUGGACCUAGUUAUUCACAACAGUCAUCUACUGCUACAUCGGCAAACGACACAAUCGCGGGACCUGAUGUGUGGGAGUGCCAUGGGUCAGCUCGAUCGGAGUAAUACCACGGCCCUACAGAAAACCGGCGUGAAAAACAACCACAGCAUUGUGUUUCGCCUUUCAACGUCUUCCAGUCAUGACAUGAGUAAUAGGUUGCACGGCUGCUCGGUUGGCGCGGUGGCUAGGCAACUGGCUGCCGCGCAACGUUACGCGGCUUCGAUGCCCGAACGGAACAACUCUUUGUGUGAUCCACAGAUUGUUGUUCUAGGUCUGGGUGUCGUGUCUAUGUGA